CAAGGGAAAGACAAAAAUGGAAGUCAAAAUUUGGAGGCUGGAUUUGGAUAUGGUGAAUGCACCUGCCAAGGGAUGGUGAGAAAGUGACACGUGGAGGGAAUGGGGAAUCUGCGUGGAAAGGAACAAGUGGCAGGGGGCACUGGCAUUGAGGAUUGAGAAAAUUAAAAACAAUGAAGAAUAAUGAUAACACAAAGAAGACAGAAGAAGAAGUGACGACGAUGAAGGAAAAUGGAUCCGACGAGAACAGUUCGGGUCGGGGCAUACCAGGACCCACGAACCCGAUGGUGACCCCACUCCUCACCGAUCUCUACCAAUUCACCAUGGCUUACACUUACUGGAAAGCUGGCAAGCAUGAAGAACGUGCUGUGUUUGAUUUGUAUUUCCGGAAGAAUCCGUUUGGCGGGGAGUAUACUAUCUUUGCAGGUUUGGAAGAAUGCAUAAGGCUCAUUUCCAAUUACAAGCUAUCUGAGGAGGACAUUGAUUUUAUCAGGAGUUGUUUACAUGUUCCCUGUGAGGAUGGCUUCUUCGAAUAUCUGAGGGGAAUCGACUGCUCUGAUGUUGAGGUAUAUGCUAUUCCUGAGGGGUCAGUUGUUUUUCCGAAGGUACCACUGAUGAGAGUUGAAGGUCCUAUUGCGGUUGUUCAAUUGCUGGAAACUCCUUUUGUGAAUCUGAUUAACUAUGCAUCAUUAGUUACUACGAAUGCUGCAAGGCAUCGUUUUGUAGCUGGAAAAUCAAAAACUCUACUUGAGUUUGGGCUGCGAAGGGCUCAGGGGCCUGAUGGUGGAAUGGGAGCAUCAAAAUACUGCUAUAUUGGAGGAUUUGAUGCAACAAGCAAUGUUGCAGCAGGAAGGUUAUUUGGGAUUCCCCUUCGCGGCACUCAUUCUCAUGCCUUUGUUAGCUCAUUUAUGACCCUUGAUGAGAUUAAAGACAAAUCACUUCGUAAAAAAGUUAGUAAAAGUACAUGUAAAGAUUUUGUUAGUUUGGUUCAAGCAUGGCUAAGCAAACUUCAGCGCUCAAAAUCAUUACGGGGUGUUUUUGCUGAGACCAACCAAAGUGAGCUGUCAGCAUUCAUAUCAUAUGCAUUGGCAUUUCCUAAUAACUUUCUUGCCCUUGUAGACACUUAUGAUGUCAUACGAAGUGGAAUUCCCAACUUCUGUGCAGUUGCAUUGGCUCUCAAUGAGUUAGGAUACAAAGCAGUUGGCAUUAGACUGGACUCUGGUGACCUUGCCUAUUUGUCUUGUCAAGCCAGGAAGAUCUUUUGCUGCAUUGAAAAGGAAUUCGCGGUGUCUGGCUUUGGGAAGACUAGUAUUACAGCUAGUAAUGAUCUUAAUGAGGAAACUUUAGAUGCUUUAAAUAAACAGGGUCAUGAGGUUGAUGCCUAUGGAAUUGGGACAUACCUGGUUACAUGUUAUGCUCAAGCUGCUCUGGGAAUUGUUUUCAAGCUGGUCGAGAUAAAUAAGCAGCCUCGUAUUAAGCUUUCUGAAGAUGUAUCAAAGGUCUCAAUUCCAUGUAAGAAGAAAAUUUAUAGAUUGUAUGGGAAAGAAAGCUAUCCCCUUGUAGACAUAAUGACUGGAGAAGAUGAACCCCCGCCAAAGGUGGGAGAACGAAUCCUGUGCCGCCAUCCCUUUGAAGAGUCCAAGAGAGCAUACGUGGUGCCACAGCAUGUUGAGGAGCUUCUAAGAUGUUACAGUGCAGGAACUUCAGGUAAAGAGACAGAACCAUUACCUCCUCUAAAGGACAUUAGAGAACGAUGUAUCCAACAACUUGAGAAAAUGCGACCUGACCACAUGAGGAGGCUGAAUCCAACUCCAUACAAGGUCAGCGUAAGUGGAAAAUUAUAUGACUUCAUCCAUUUCUUGUGGCUCAAUGAGGCACCUGUUGGGGAGUUGCUAUAAUCAGGCGAAUAUAGUGGCAAAGCCUCGUAAUGAUAACAAUAGAAAUCCCUCUUAUCCAAUUAGUAUAUAUAAUGGUCUUCAAAACGUUCAGAUAAUACUGCUCUGUAUAUUUGUGCUGGAACCAUUCUGUUGAGCAUUAUUAGCAAUUAAUUAUCUUUUGUAAUUAAGAAAAUUACAUAAUCGGAAUUCAAUGUUUGAUUA